AUGAUAUCAUUAGAACAAAACCACGUUGUCAGAAUUAACGAUCAACAAAUCAGUUGGCUCCCACACUCAGUUUCCGGAAUACAAAUAUCCAGACCAAGCAGUCAAUUUACACAAGUAACAUUAAGAAAUCAUGUUGGCAUCUCGUGGAGCGGCUAUGACAGAAUCACCGUUAGCGUUCCAACAACAAUGAGGGGUCAUAUUUAUGGUCUCUUUGGAACAUACAACAAAGAUCAAUCAGACGAUUUUACAUUACCAAAUGGCACAAUCGUCAACGAUGCAAACACAUUCGGGCAUUCUUGGGUUGUCCCGGGAAGUUGUGGUUCUGAAAAUGUAAAUACAGACCCCGUCCCGCAUCCUUGUGAUGUUAACCCUGCCAUGAAACCAAUUUCAGAAAAAAAUUGUGCUGUUUUAAAGAGUCCUUUAUUCGAAGGAUGUUCCGAUGAUGUUGAGUCGUCUUACGAAGAGUGCGUUUUCGAUGGGUGUAUGUGCCCUGAUGAUAGUCCAAGUUGUCUUUGUGAUUUUUAUGCCCAACAAGGUGAGAUGUGCGCCGCUAGAGGAAUUUUGAUUGAUUGGCGUGAAGAAAUCCCUGAAUGCGGCAUUCAAUGUCCUUCGGGACAAAAAUACCAAAUUUGUGGUAAUUCUUGCACGAGGGGUUGCGAUGAUAUUUCAGCUAAUCCAACUUGUACAUCUCGAUGUAUCGACGGGUGUAAUUGCCCACCGGGGCAAACUUUGGAUAAUAAUGAUCAAUGUAUUCAAAUAGCUGAGUGCCCGUGUGUUUUGGAUAAUACGAGAUAUCCGGCUAAUUUUACUUUUAUUGAAACCAACGAUGAUAAAAAUAACAAACAUGUUUGCGAAAAUGCUUUAUGGACGAUUACACCAGCUACUGAUGAAGAUUUAAUCGAUUAUCCAAGUCUUGAGGAUUUUGAAAAUAAGUGUUACCGCGAAGAUUUUCUUGUAUUUUCAGGGUGCAAACGAAUAAAUGAAGUAAAUUGUUGGAAUAUCCAUUUAAAUGAACGCCCUAACUUUGAUGGUUGCCAAUCUGGUUGCGAAUGUAUGCAGGGAUACAUCAUGGACACAGAACUAAAUAAAUGCGUAAAACCAGAAGAUUGCCCAUGUCUCCAUCAAGGUAUUAGCCACCCAGAUGAUGCAAUCAUCAACAACAGAAAUGAAAGAUGCGUUUGUGUUUAUGGCCUUUGGGAAUGUUCCCCACAAUCGGAUCAUUGGGAAAAAUGUAGCGUUUGGGGAAACAUCCACGUUCGAAGUUUCGACGAAACCUUUUACACCUUCACCGGGUUUUGCGAAUACACCAUAUUCGAGCAUAACUUUGAAGAUAGCGGAGUUAUUAGAGUUACCAUUAUGGCCGGUAGUUGCCCAUCUGGUUCUUGCAUCCAACGUUUAUCCAUUUUAUUCAGAUCAAAUUCUGGUCACACAGAGAACGUUUUCUUCACUCAAAACGAUUUCUUUUCAAGCACCAAUUUAACCCAAUUAAACAUAACCGAUAUGGGUCUUUCAACUUUCAUUGAUGUGCUUGAUUUUGAUGUUAGGAUUGUUUGGAAUAGAGAUGGAUGGGUUCAUAUCCACCUUUCUCAAGAGUGGUUAUCAAAGGAGCAUUUUGGUUUAUGUGGAAAAUACGAUAACGAUCCAAGUAAUGAUUUAAAAAUUCUUGGAAUCGAAACUCCCUCUGAGUUUGUUGAUUUUAACACGAAUGAUAGAACUUGCGGAAAAUCAACAGAAUUAACACCUGUUAAUGGAAUGUUUCCAGAGCAUCAAUGCAACAUUCUUUACACCAACAUUUUCAGAGAAUGCAGAUUCUUAAAACCAGUUGAUGAUUACUUUAAUAGAUGCAUAAUCGAUGCUAAAUCACAACUAAGUUUACCUGAAUCGGAAAGAAGUGAUUAUUAUUGCCAAUCUAUCGGUGCUUAUGCCCAAGAAUGCAACGAUGUGGGAGUUGUGGUUAAUUGGAGAAGUGACUCAAUUUGUCCUAAUUCUUGCCCAUUAGAUAAAGAUUAUUAUCCAUGUAAAGUUAUAUGCACUGAACAGAGUUGUGAAGAGAAUGGAAUGUGCUUUGAAGGGUGUGGACCAAUAAAGUGUACCGAUGAUGAUUAAAUAUAAAAUUAAUAAAGUUAAUUUGAUAAUUGUAUUCAAUAUUGAUAAUAAAAACAAAGUUAUAUGAG